AUGAAGCUGAAACAUUCAUUAAAGAAGCUUUGGACAAUCCUUCGAGCCAUUUUCACGUUCCUCUUUGCUCUGCUGGUUCUGGGAGUCAUGGUGUGGGCCUAUGUGGAAGGCUCACUGGUGACAUCCAUGUACGGGAUCAUUUCCUUUGGCUUUUACGGACUCCUGCUCUCCCUCCAUGUUCUGGUUCAAAGCCUUUUUGCCUUUAUUGAGCACCGGCGAAUGAAGACUCGCACGAAACCGUGCAGCUACACUAAAACAAUUGGAUUCACUAUUUCGGCUUACCAGGAGGAUCCCAGCUAUCUUAGAGAGUGCCUCAACUCUGUCAAGAGCUUGCAGUAUCCCUCAGAGCUGUUGCGCAUCAUCAUGGUGAUAGACGGGAACUCAGACGAUGACAGGUACAUGAUGGACAUGUUUAGGGAAGUGUUUGCAGACCAGGAUCCAGGUUUCUUUGUGUGGAAGAACAACUACCACUCAUGGGAUCCCACAAAGCCUCAGCAAGAUGAAGAGAUGGGAACAGAAAGCAAUGCUGAUUAUGUCAUUGGAGAGGAUCCUCAGAAAAAAGACUUGGAGCAUCUGAUCCAGACCAAAAGGUGUGUGUGCAUCAUGCAGAAGUGGGGAGGCAAGCGGGAGGUGAUGUACACUGCAUUUAAGGCUUUGGGAUCAUCAGUUGACUACAUUCAGGUGUGUGAUUCUGACACCAAGCUGGACCGUUUAGCUACUGUGGAACUGUGCAAGGUAUUAGAGAGCAACCCCAGGUACGGUGCUGUGGGAGGAGAUGUGAUGAUUCUCAACCUGAAAGAUUCAUACAUCAGCUUCAUGAGCAGCCUCCGGUACUGGAUGGCUUUCAACAUCGAGCGGUCCUGUCAGUCCUUCUUCAACUGUGUGUCCUGCAUCAGCGGUCCUCUGGGUUUGUACAGGAAUGACAUCCUCCAGCAGUUUCUGGAGUCCUGGUACAACCAGAAGUUUCUGGGAAGUCACUGCACAUUUGGAGAUGACAGACAUCUCACCAAUCGAAUGCUGAGCAUGGGCUACGCCACAAAAUACACAGCUCGUUCCAAGUGCUACACAGAAACACCCGCCCAGUUUCUUCGCUGGCUCAACCAGCAGACUCGAUGGACCAAGUCCUACUUUCGCGAGUGGCUCUACAACGCGAUGUGGUGGCACAAGCAUCAUCUCUGGAUGACCUACGAGUCCAUCGUCUCUGGUAUUUUUCCUUUCUUUGUCACAGCCACGAUCAUCCAGCUGUUCUGGACGGGCUCGCUGUGGGACAUCCUCUGGGUUCUCUGCUGCAUCCAGCUAAUCGGGCUGGUGAAGGCGGCCUACGCCUGCCUCCUUCGCCAAAACAUCGUGAUGGUCUUCAUGUCGCUCUACUCCUCGUUGUACAUGACCAGUUUGCUGCCUGCAAAGUAUUUUGCCAUUCUCACAAUGAACAAAAGCAGCUGGGGGACGUCUGGCAGGCGUAAGAUCGUGGGUAACUACAUCCCCCUGCUUCCGUUGUCAGUGUGGGCUGCUGUUCUCUUAGGCGGGUUUGGAUACACAAUCUACAGAGAGACUCAGAAAGAUUGGUCAAGUCCAGCCAAGGUUAUGGAAACUCGGUUCCUUAUUUUUGGUUGUGUGGCUUACGUAUGUUACUGGCUGGUCAUGAUGUUCCUCUACUGGGUGUGGUUCCGCAGGUUAUGCAGAAGGCGCUCCCAAAGCUACACCCUUAGCGUGUAG